GUCAGGCCAGACGUAAGCGUCAUCCCCCGGAACUACUUUCUUUUACGUUGUUUCCACUCGACGACGUUCCAGCUCACGCGCCAAAAGGACCUGCACCGUCCUGAACCAAAACAAGAGCCGGACUUUUGGGUAACUCGAGUUGUAUCCAGACCUCUUCUUUUUCUCGUAGGUGAUUGUCGAAUAGUAAUUGUGGGUUUCUGAUGGCCUUUGACGAUAGUUCACUGUCCGCGAAGAACGGACGAACCUCGUUGCUGGACAACGGAGAGGACUUUGAAAUGUUGGACGACGAUUGCAAUGACGACGAACCGCCUCCUCUGGAAGACGCCGGUGGUGGGAAGACGAAAGAAGCAGACAAGCCUGGCAGUGACAAUGGCCCCACUGACCCCUCCAGUCCAGAGGAAGAGUGGCUGGAUAUUUUAAAUAAUGGUCUACUAAAGAAAAAGGUCCUGGAAGCAGGGGAAGGGCGAGACAGUCGACCUCAGAGGGGACAAAAUGUGAAGAUUAAUCUGAAAACUUUGCUGAGGUGCGGGACACUGGUGGCAGAGCAGCGGGAACUUUCUUUCACUUUGGGAGAUGGAGACGUUAUCCAGGUCCUGGAUUUGUCUGUGCAGCUCAUGGAAAAGGGAGAGAAAGCAUUGAUCCAUGCUGAUGCCAAAUAUGCUUAUGGUCCUCAUGGAAGCGAUGAACCCAAGGUUCCGCCCAAUACUGAUUUGUCACUGGAGGUUGAACUUCUGGAGGUCACUGAAGGUCCCGACCUGGAACUUCUGCCUCCAACAGAAAGGAUCACGCUGGCUGAUUGCAAGAGAGAAAAAGGCAACUUCUAUUAUCAGCGUGGAGACUAUGCGUAUGCUGUCAACUCGUACAGCAUUGCCCUGAAGGUCAUCGACUCCAAUUCUAAAGUGGACAUCUCACCUGAGGAAGAGAGCAUUCUGAUGGACGUGAAAGUCAAGUGUCUAAACAACAUGGCAGCCUCACAGUUGAAACUUGAGCAUCAUGAUGCCGUGCUUAAGUCUUGCACCGCGGCUCUUGCCCUCCAGCCAGAAAACAUUAAAGCGAUGUAUCGCAUGGGAAAGGUACUUGCUUUACAAGGGGAAUAUCAGGAGGCCAAUCAAAUCUUGAGGAAAGCUCUGAAGUUGGAACCAGUGAACAAGACAAUCCAUGCCGAGCUCUCGAAAUUGGCCAAGAAAACGGCAGAACAAAAGGGAGCAGAGCAGGCGCUCUACAAGAAGAUGCUGGGUAACCCCGCAACCGUCACCACAGAGAAAAGGCAGCCAAAGAAUUCAUGGAGUCUGAGCUGGAAGUGGUUGUUUGGAGCCACUGCUGUAGCCAUCGGCGGCGUGGCAUUAUCAGUCGUCUUGGCUGCCAGGAGUUGAACCAUGCCUCCUGUCAUGACACCAUGUCCAAGUUGUGCAGCAAUGGAACCCGUAGAGAGAAGCACGUACGGCCAAAUCAAGUGGAUAAGUGCAGCGCCACGGAGCACCCAAUCUGUUUUGUUCCAUUUGUGGAAGAAAACUAUGUUCUGUUAGUAUGUCCAUUUAGGAAUUAUACUGGACUUCCACACGUAAUAAUUGUGUAGUUUUAUGCUGUUUUGUUAUGCACUGUUUUCGUUGUCAGUUUUUGCCUUCAAUAGUUUACUUUGCAAUGACUAAUGCAAAUAGAAAAUCAACCUAUUUCACUUGAACUAUUUUUUUUUUAUUUAAUGAAAAGUGUUUAGAUUUUUUUAUAAGCCAGUCACACGCUGAAGCUGGUACAGAUGGCUGCAGCUCCCUCCACGUCUGGAGAACAAGGAGAUAGAAUAGCAUUGAGAAAGUGUUUUUUCCUUAAAUUGGCGUCCUGCUUUUUGGGAGUUGACCUAUGCAGUUUGUAAAUUCUUGUGGAAGGUGGUAGAAUGUGAUAUAAAUAGUUAGGAUCAGGAUUUAUUUAGACUAUUUAGUUAUUUUCCAACUAUACCUCAGGUUUAUAUCAUUUCAACCAAACAAUGACCAAAAAGUUGUGUAUGUUUCAUCCUCCCGAUAGAAUUAUCUGGAUUUAUUUAAGUUCAUUCCAUUGUUUAGAAUCGUUGAAGAUGCUUAAACCAUAAAAAGUGCAUUGAGUGAUUGUCAUUAAAAACGUUCUCAAA